AUGGGUAAAACAAAAGAUGUUACUCCACAUCAAAAAAACCAAAUUAUGCAAAAACUCCUCUCAUCCAUGAACAAAAAAGAAAGACCAGAGCUUGGCACAAUCAACAAACUAGCUAAUGAAUUUCAACUUUGUAGGAAAACCAUAACAAGGUUAUGGAAGGAAGUUCAAAAUCAAAUCAAUAACAACCAAACAAUAUUCAACUUGGGGAGUAAGAGGAUUGGAAGAGAACCAAGUAACAAGAUUCAAUUCGAUGAUGACAAAUUCAAAGCAAUCAAAUGUGAACUCAAGACAACGCAACAUUCAGUGGCAAAACAAAUGGGGGUUUCACAAUCAACUGUAUUUAGAUGGAAGAAGAAGAAAAUCAUAAGGAAGGACACAAAUCCUCUAAAACCUGCCCUUACUGAAAAAAUAAUUUGCACAGAUGAAAAGCAUUUUUAUCUAACCCGUGAAACACAGACUUACUAUCUUGCUCCGGGUGCUGUAGAGCCACAUAGGGAAAUUCAACCGAAAAGGUUUAUCCCUAAAAUCAUGUUUAUGUGUGCUGUAGCAAAACCAAUAUAUUCAUCUAAUGGUGAUGUGAUUUUUGAUGAAAAGAUAGGUAUGUGGCCUUUUAUAAGACAGGAACCUGCGAAGAGGAGCUCAAAGAACAGGAGGAGGGGGGAAUUAGAAACUAAACCAAUUCAAUCAAUCACCAAAGACCAUAUGAGGGCAAUGCUCAUAACCAAUGUCAUACCAACAAUCAGAGCUAAAUGGCCUAGUAUGCUUUCAAAAGACAUUAUCAUUCAACAAGAUAAUGCAAAGCCUCACAUAGCACCCAAUGACAAGGAUUUUGUUGAUGAAGCAACAAAAGAUGGAUUUAAUAUCCAACUUGUGCAACAACCACCAAAUUCACCUGACAUGAAUGUGUUAGAUCUUGUGUAA